UAUGUAUAUCAAUCCUUAUUAAUGAGAAACCCCUUUCUUUGAUAUUUCCUCCGCCUAACUCUCUUUCCUUCUCUUCUCCGUAUAAAAGCUACCGAUCUCCCAUUUUUGUCACAAACAGAUCAUCUCUCUCUCUCUCUCUCUCUCUCUCUCUCUGUCUGUUUGUGUGUGUGUGGCUGCUAUGGCCAAUUCUUAUGAUAAACAAACCAUUCAUGAAGAAGAAAACGAUAUGGAUGGUCACGAAGAGACAGUUUGGGCAAGUGGAUGUGGUUGUUUAAGGCUCUUUUGCUUUACAAGGUCACGAACAAACAAUGAAACUGAAGAUACGACUUUGUUGGGAGCUGAGCACAAAGAGACAUGGUUGGUGAAGAAACUGAAGAAAGCCAAGGAAGUUUCAGAACAAUUGGCUGGACCCAAGUGGAAGAACUUGGUUCGAAAGAUCAGUAAGUAUUUCAACAACAAAAAAUCAAAGACUCAGUUCCAGUAUGAUCCAAAUAGCUAUGCUCUCAACUUUGAUGAUCACAGAGUUAAUAAUGUUGAAGAAGAAGAUGCCUCUUUGCUUGCUUUCUCCUCAAGGUUUGCCACUCCAUUUUCCGCUACUCAAGAACGCCAACCGAGGUUGUGAAAUAUUUAUACCAUUGUAUUCUCAUCUUUUCUCUUUAAUAUAAACAAGAUUGAUUGCAAUAUACAAACCGUUACCCCAAAAAUAUAUAUAUUAUAUAUAUAUAUAUAUAUACAUAUUUCUGUUGUGUUC